AUGAAUACUCUCGUCGUCGGUGGAACCGGCCUAAUUGGCGGCCACGCUGCGCUGCACCUGCGCGCGCUCGGCCACAACGUCACCAUCUCCGGCCGUACGAAGCCGCAGGCGCCGUCACCGCUGGCCGACCUGCCCUUCCUGCAGGGUAACUAUCUCAAAGACGACAUCACCAAGGAGCAGCUUUCGGCGUUUGAGACUGUCGUCUUCACAGCCGGGGCGGACGCGCGACACGUGCCGGCGAACGAGAAGGACAUCGACGCCUACGUCAUGCGAGCCAACGGGGAGGGCGUCCCGGCGUUCGCGGCGCGGGCGCGGGAUGCAGGCGUGGUGCAAUUCAUCCACGUCGGCAGCUACUACUGGCACGCACUGCCGGCGCUGGCGGAGGCCAGCGCGUACGUGCGGUCCCGGCAGGUCGAAUCCGAAGGCGUGGUGGCGCUGGCCCGGCCGGGUUUCGUGGCGACGAGCCUGUGCCCACCAAUGCUCGUGGGCGACAUCUCAGCGACGAUUGCGUCGCCAAUCGCGGCCGAGCUCGUGCUCUACUUUCAGGGCAAGUUCGGGCCUGCAGAGACGGCGCCGCCGGGCGGCAUGGCCUUCCUGACGCUGCGCUCGCUGUCGCAGGCCAUUGCGGGGGCCGUGGCCAACCGGACGGCGGGUGUUGCCGGCAAGGUGCUGUUCGUCAGCGACGAGAACCUGACGUUUGUGCAGUUCUUUGAUUACUUCCGCCGGGCGAUGGGUGUAGCUGACGGCGCACUUCGCCUUGACGAUGACCACGCACUGUUUCCCAAGAUGGCGCGCAUGGGGGGCGACGCGAACGUCUUUAUCGAGACCACGCCGGAGACGCACGCGCUGCUGGGGGCUUAUGCUCGGAAUGACGUCUAUAAUGCGGUCAAGGAGAUCGUGGCCAAGCGCGUGUAA